CACCUAGUCUGAGGUAGUGUCUUGGAGCUUUGACCCCAUCCUACUGCAUGAAAAGGGACGGUUCGCGCGCUAAGGAAUUGUGUAAGCCCCCCCAACAGGGCCCCCACCAACCACCUGAGCUGCUCUCGCCUGUUCUAGGCCACAGCAAGGUUUUUUUUAUCGCUGUGGAGGUUUGGACGAUCUUGAUUGCGUGGAUUUGGAGCGAUUGGGGUUGGGAGUGCUUCACCUUGACUGUAGAAGGGUUUGGAUAUGGUAAUGCCUGAUAGACUCGCAAUUACUUGUCGUACUAACAGGGGCUUGUUGCAUUGAUGAUUCGGUAUCAAAUGCUUUCUACGGGGCGAUUGUCUCGAUUAUUUUUGAGUGUCAGACC